AUGGAGGCGAAGAGGUCGAGGCCGGCCCCCAUGGCCGCUGCGCUGUGUGUGCUUCUCCUCCUGGUGCUGCUGCCCGGGGAGGUGGCCGCCAAGUCCAAGUUCUGCCGGUGCUUCGACGACUGCUUCCCCGGGUGCGUGAACAAAAAGGUGCCGCACUUCCUCUGCCAACUGUUCUGCGCCAACAAGUGCAGCCCCAACCAGGCUGCCGUCCGCGGCGACGCCAUGUGCAGGAUGGCCUGCAGCAAGCUGAGUAUCAACAUCUGCGGCUGGUCAGCGGCGCCCGCCGAUGCAGCUGACGCCGCCGUCUGCGUGCAGAACUGCAACAGGAAACUGAGCCACAUGGCCCAGACUGAUUAA